AUGGUAGUGGGUCUGGCGCGGAGAUAUGCAAGCAGGAGAGUGACUGUGGGGAGGGAGGAGUAUGAGAAAGAGAAGAGGGGUAGGGAGGGUUUGGAGAAGCUGAUGGGUGCGAAUGGUGGGAUGGUGGUGGGUCUGGCGCGGAGAUAUGCGAGCAGGAGAGUGACUGUGAGGAACUUGAUCGUGGCAGGAUACGGGGGGCUUAUAGAGGGGAUAAAGAGAUUCGAUCCUGGCCGUGGAUUCCGGCUCUCCACGUACUGCUAUUGGUGGAUCCGACACGCCAUCAUUCAAUCAGCCGUGGACCAAUCUUCCAUAAUCAAGCUCCCUGUUCCUGCCCCUCUCCCCCCAUUCCAUCCCGCGCUCUCCUUUGUUCUCCCCUUCACCAACUCACCCUCCCCAGAUUUUCCAGCUUCCAAUCCCCGUCCUCCUUCCUCCAGGCGCACUCGUACUGUCAGCAACAUGCUCGCCCACCAUCAUCGAUCCAUUUCCCCAUUUUCCCCUUUCCCCCCGUUCUCCUCUUUUCCCUGUCUUGUUGCCCCCCUCCUUUCCAUCGCUCUCUCUCCAUUUGCCUGCCUUUCCCUCUUUGUCUUCUCAUACUCCCACAAUUUUCUCUCCAUCCAAUUCCCUGCUUCCAAGGCAUACAUGCACCGUCAGCACAUGCUCGCCAGUCGGCGCCCCGCACCGCCAUCCACGUCAGCACUGCCGUCCACGUCAGCACCACCGGUUGAGUCAAAGCAGAAUCGCAGACUCACCCCGGGAUCUGUGCGCUCGCCUCGGUCUUUGGAAGGGGACGUGGGGACAGGGGAGAGCCUUGGGUCCACCAUCCCCGACCCCGCUAUUGAGUGCUCUGAGAUUCGCUACAUGCAGCAGGAGGUGCAGGGAGCGCUGAGGCAAGCCAUUCUCGGGCUUCCCCUCCUCCCUCUAGUGCUUGUGCUCGUGCGCGUGGAGCUCUUUGUCAUGCGCGUGCAGCUCCUCCUUAUGUGCCUUGUCUGGUGCAAACUCCUCGAUCCAGUCCAGCGUGAUGCUCUUUCUCCUUCCCCUUGUUCAUGCUUGUGCCCCCCCACCUCCCUCUAG